AUGAAUCAAAGAAUCCCUGCCGGCGUGGUCACUGCCACUGAUAAGCUGACCACAGGGCUCGAGAAGGCUGGUGCUGUGAGCGUGGAUGACAUUGCUCACCUAUGGAAGGUGUACACCACGCAAAGCUCCAAAAUCCAAGAUCGUGUCGUGCGUAGACUGGAGAAUCUCUUCUGGAGGAUCUGGGGUAAUCCCGAGCUGCUGAAGAGGGUAUCAGGCGUGACUUUGGCGACGCUGUUUAUGGAAAUCCAUGAAGACAGCACAUUUCACACCAAAUCACCGGAUACGCUUUCAAAGACUACUGAAUCGCGAUCCAACGACACGACUCAAGUCACAAUACUAACCAUCACCCACGAACGUAACACGGCUAAACCAGCACCAAAGAAGGACGCCAAAUCCCCUCUCCCACCUAUCCUCAAGAACUCAAAUGGAGGGAAGAAAAGUCAACCACCUAGCGAACCAUCAUCUUACAAAACAGCCCGUAUCAUAAUCCCGGACCAGCCAAGCCAGCGGCCGACAAAUAGUAAGAGUCCUGCGACGGCAGCAACCGUAACUGCGACAACAACAGCAUCUUCAAAUGUUGACAGCACCAAUACAGCCCAAAAGCAGGGCCGUAAGAAACCCACUUUUAUUGCAAACACCUCGGCCUCGUCCAGACGUCGAGGCGUACUCAUAAGACGAAAGUCCACGCAGACGUCUCCGCUGACUUCUCCGGCGAUCGAGCCUGAAGACGAGGCUCUGCUCGAGCUGAAAAUCGCACCAAAGCAAGCCAUAAUCGAGGAAUUGACAGAGGAGGCACUGUCCCACGCAAAGGUGCCUGAACCCGAACCUGAGGCCCUCUGGCAAUCACUAUCAUAUCUGAAACUCGGUGGCGACGACAUCAUAUCCACACAAUCUUCAAAACAGCCUUCUCUCGCAGCAUCUCUCUCCACAAGCCCGCCACCCACAAACUUCUACGCCAGCAGCGUGCACCGACAUCGCAGUCUAGAUGAAAAUAACAACCCCAAUCCUGCACCCACUUCCCAACAACAAAAUACCGUCCAAUCAUCUUCAAACGACGACGAAACAGAUCCAACAUCGCUCGUGGACCGGGAUUUCCGCACACAUUUCGUCGAGCGCCGCAGACGCCAGGAAUCCGUCUUCAGCGCAUCUUCACUCACCUCAAAUCUGAGCUCGUCGCACGUCAAAGACCUCAUCAACCAACCCACAAUUGCUGCUGCUGCUGAAACAAGCCCGCGCCGCCCAUCCCGCAGUUUAUCGCCGACGACCACGAGACAUGUUGUCCUGCCGAAACAUGGGAGUAUGACCAGUCCAACAAUCUCGGUAGCCUCCUCUGUAGCGAUCGGUGGUGGAUCGACGCAGCAAGCGGGGAAAGAUGUUCUGCCGUAUGCGUCGACGUCAAUAACGACAUCGCAAAAGACUACCAGCGGCGUUUUCUCUGUGUCAAAACAGUCACCAGGGCAGGUUGGAGAGCGGUUGAGCAGUCUGAUGAAGUCCAAAUAG